CCAACUGCCGGAUGAUUUGGCUAGGGCUCAGUGACAUUUCACUGACCCUACAACACUGAUAUUGUGAACGCCGUUUAUCUUGAACUUUGCUUAACGGAAAGCCUUUUAUAAAUCAUUUUCACAGUUCAAUUCCAUCCAAAUCAAGUAGUAUCUUCUGCACCAGUUGCUGCGUUCUGAAACUUUGAAUUUGGGACUUUGCGCCAAGUCGAAAGUGUGGUUAUGGCGGGUCCUGAAAUUACUAAAAAUUCCAUUAGACAUCAUGUCCACGCUUUGUCCAAAAUGUUUGGUGUUGAUUUGAUGUAUGAUCCAAAUGUGUAUGCGUUUGCAGACAGUCUAGAAAAGAGCAUUGAUAGUUCGGCUGACACUCAGUACAACAUUCAUGAUUUAGUUACCAGACUUUGCAGCGAUAACCCACAAUACGAUGCAUUUUUACGGCGGUAUGAAGAGUUGAAACCUAGAAACAUUAGGGAACUUUCCGCUGUUGUUUAUCUCUUAUCAAAGCUGAAGUCGGACGACGCUAUACUCAGAAGUUUAGAGUAUCUUCCUUUGUCUACUAAGCCUCUUAAUGGCCAAAGCAAAGUCUCUACUAUUCCCGUUUGUGGGAAGGAUAUAGCACAUCUUCAACAUGUGAAUGACGAGUCUUGUACACAAGGAUCAAGUUCAGAGCAACCAGUCAGGAAUGAUAGUCUGAGACCCUUGUUUGGUGCGUCAGAUGAAUUAUCUUUGUUUUCAGCAUGUGGUCUUGGCGCACAUUCCAGUUCAUUUGUUCAGGCUUCCAAGAAUACAUCUAAAAAGUUGGCUUCUAGCAACACAGUCCAACCUCCAACAUUUCCUCUGCAACCAGAGUGGAUAUACUCACGCGGGACACUUUGGGAUGACUUCCUGUCGAUUUCACUUAAUUCAGAAUCUUUCCAGCAACUCCCCAUCGAAUCUCUUUCAAAUGCUGUCCAGGAAUACGCUGUUGUUAGCGAUCUACUACAGUGUUUGCAAGGUAACCAAGGAGUUUACAUCAAACCUCUGCCUUUAUCGAAUCGUUACGCAGUCCGAUGUUUUAAAGUAGAUGAAAAAAUGACUCCCGCUUUAUCAGAUACUGUAAAUAAAAUUCUCCCAGUUUGUUCGGACUAUUCAACAGUGGCUAGAUUUAUAGGUGAGAAGUCCACAUUCGAAUAUGGAACGGUCAACCAGGCACUAGCAGGUGCAAUGCGCGGUUUACUUAAGGAUUAUCUUAUUCUGUUAUGUCAACUUGAAUACCAGUAUAAAAUUGGUCAAUUGGGAAUAGUUAAACUCCACUUUUUUUUGCAAGUAAGCGAUUUUGUGAUUAAAAUUUAAAUGACAUUCAAAAGACAUUUACACAAAGCGUAAGAAGACGAAAAUCAGUCUAGAAUCCUAAGAGGUAAUGAUUUCGAAUCCGAAGCUUGGAAAUAGACUAGUUAGGAGUGUGGUGAAAAUCUUAAAGGUUCAUUAUGAGGUUGGUGUUCAUACACAGGCCUGUUUGUGAGAUAGUUACUACUUCUGGUACGAUUGGUUCCUGUUGUAUCUCUUGCAGACACUUCAUAGAUAUAUAUUCUCUUCAAAGUUGUCAACAUAUCGAAUUUACUUUACCAACUAAAAAUUCAAUAAACAUAAGAUUCGAAAUACGCCUUUUAUUAUAGAUUUCUAUCAUUGAAGUCCCAGUUUAAACUGUUUGGUUUUUAGUUGAGUUAAUACCAAUCAAAACUCCCCUCUUAUCCAUAUUUUUUCGAUGGGCAACCUUUUAGUAUCAUUAUUUUUCAUACCAUUGUAUGUAAAACGAAGACAACCUCAGAGUAUUGUGACAAGCCAACACAUGAUAAUUCAAUACUAAUGCCUUUCAUCUUGUUGUAUCACUUCAUAAACAGACCACCUCCCUACUUUUGCAGCUCACUCUCAACUAUCAUUGCUCCUGUAUGGUUGUCACCGGGAUAACAUGCAUAAUAUGUUCAGGUUGUGUGACCCAAUAUUUCAAAAUAUAUGUUGAAUGACAAUUCCCUUUUUGCCCAGUGACAUGUUACUGGACCCUAGGAGUAACUACACAGUGUUGUCAGUCAGUGUGUUCUUCGUGAGUCAAGGAUGGUUGAACUGAUUACAUGCUCUUAUUUUACUUACUGUAUUUUUGUGAAGGACUUUAAUAAUGUUCAUAAACUUACGUAUUCACCCCUAACAAACGGUUCCAGAGAACAGUUUUAUCCAGCUCACGCAACCAUAAAUACAACAAUAUUCUUCAAUGAAUACAACUAUGAUGAUGGAUCCGAACGAAAAUCUAUCCAUUCUUUAUGAAACAGCCUCAUGAGUUUCUCACAAUCGUCAGAGUUCUAUAAAAGCUAAUAUUUCACGUAAGAUUAGAGGGAGAACGCAUAAUCACAUGCCUUAUUUAUGCUCUUUGUAAGUAUAUGUGUCACAAUUGCGCUCUAAAGCACUAAACAUCUUAAAAUAAUUUGGAAUUUGCGCAACAAAAGAAAGUGCAGUUCAAUAAUUGUUUCAAAAUGACUCAGUAAGAGCAGAUGGAAACCACCUAUCUUCUUCCAUUACCCAAAACAAUUGACACAGAUCAUUCGGUUGUUAAUAACUCAGCCUUUGUAAUAUUGUAUAAAAGUUAUUUAGUGAGAAUGGUUGGAUUUGUUGGACCGUUAAUCACACUCAAGUCCUAAUCCUUUUUGUAUGUUUGAAAACAAUUUAUACUUCUGGUAAACCUAUCCUGAUAUUAUUGAUUUGUUAGUCGGAGUUAUGAUUUGAAUUAUUUCUUCCCUAUCUUUGCUUUUCUUAUCUCCCAGUUUGUCUAAUAUUAGCUUUUCAUAUAUGAAUAUCUUAUUAAGUAAAUAUGUAAUCAGGCUGUUCGGAAUAUAUUCCGCUGGUAUAUAUAAUAUUGGUCUUAUAAAUUUCGCUUUCUCAUUGCACCAUUUAAAUUUAUCAAAUGGGAUAGCUUUCGAAGGUAGCAGGGAUGGUUUGUUACCCAAACAACAAACUAACAGAUUAAUUUAUCUUGAAACAAGUCAUACGAGUUUAUUACUCUCUUAAACACAAGAUAUAUUUGGGUUUGUCGUUGAUUUUAAAAAUAAAUGUGUUACAUCUGCAAGGAGUGGCAUGGGUUUUUCAAUCUGCCAAUGUGUUGUGACUUUCUUUUUACGAAAAGUUAAAAAAUGUUGGAAUAUUGAGAUGCAAAAAAUCCGGGUUACUUAAAGUAAAAACUAGCUAUGCCAUGUAAACUAUCCACUCAAUUAAACUUCACUUUUAAUAAUAUUUUUAUUUUUAUUUAUGAAGGAAACAGCUACCGCUUUUAAUCAGUUGACUCGCCUUGUUUAUAAUAUAAACACAGGACAGUGUUCUGGUGGUGCAGUGUUAUCAGUAUUGUAUGAUUCUCUAAGGUCUGUUUAUGGUGUUAAACAAUUACAUGAUUUAAUGCUUUAUCUCCUGUGUUCUGCUACCGUACCUUUUUUUAAAAUUCUUCAAAAAUGGAUAUAUCGGGGUGUAAUUUCUGACCCAUAUAAAGAGUUUUUCAUUUCAGCUGGAUCUAUGCCGAAUUUUUAUGAUCCUGAUAAAGCAUCUCCAAAUAAUCUUCAUUCAGCUUCAUUCCAGUUUGACCGUUUUACACAGAAUUAUGUGGACUGGGCAUUCUUUUGGGAGUGUCAUUAUUCUCUUGUACCAAUAAACUUACCAAGUUUUCUUGAACCUAAUGCUUCGAAAAUUCUUAGUACGGGCAAGUAUUUGAAUGUUGUACAGCAAUGCGCCGAUCGUUAUGAGCUUCCUACGUGUGAAGAACUUGUUUAUAAUAAAGAGCAUUCAGUGUUUCUUGAUAAAAUUGACCAAGCUCAUCUGUACGCAAGCAGUUUAUUAUUGAAAUUGAUGCUGCAACAAAAGGAUUUAAAAGAACACCUAAAGUAAUUCUAUCAUAUUUACAUUUAGUAAAUUGUCAUAAUAAUUUUCUCCAGAAAAACUAGCAUAUGUUUUAACUAAGAUGAUUACGAAAAUACGUGUACUUUACAUAAUAAUUGGUCAAUACAUUUCCUAGUUCAUUUUGCUAGUUUCAGUGAAUUGAUAUGUUUAAGUAUACUGCUUCAUUGCGAUUAGUGGUACCUGUCCUCACUUCCAGCUAGAAUCCAUUCAAAGGUUACAUAUUGUAAAUAAGAACCCUAGAGAUUCAUUUUGGAAGUCAUUUUGUUUGAAAUGGUGAGUUUUAUGUACACUGAUGACUUCUGGGACUCAUUUAGGAACGAAUAUUCUUUCAAUGAUGAAUUUGUUCUCAAGCUUAUGUUUUAGGAAAUAGACUAAUGAAGUGAAGAAGCAUUUCCCUCCAAUUUCCCAUUAUAACCCUAUAGUAAAAUAUUUAUUCUCCUAUAACAGUAAAACCAAUGCCAAAAUAUCUAUGAAAAUGACGAUUAAUGAUUUCGGAAGUAAAUAUAGGCAAUCGAAUGAACAGGGCAAUUAUAACUUUCAAAGGCAUUUUGUAACUUGCAGGUUCACGCAUGUAAUUACAAAAUGGACAAAUUAUACAGUAGCGGGUAAUAGAAUUUAAAGAGACUUUUAUCAGUUAGAAUAAUAACAAAAGUUAUGUAACGAAAUAAAGACGAACAUCAGUAAGUCAUGUAUAAACAACGGAUAUCAUAAUGGCCGGAAUUUAGAAAUAAAAGGAGAAAGGGAGUUAUAAUAGAAAUAUUAAUAAUAAGAAAUAACUAAUUCCUUAGUUACAUUUUUAGAAUAUUAAAUAAAAAUACUUCCACCUGUGUACUGCGAAUUGUUAUUUUAGUGAAUAACGCUUUAAGAAUUAGUUGUUAUUGAAAAAACCCUACUUUCUUUAGAAAUUUCCGUAACCCCUAUGUGUGGAGAGCCGCUCUUAAUAGUAGUAUUUGACUGAUUCCUUGUGAUUAUAUAUGUUUCUAUACCUGCAUACCCUUAUUCCAAAUCAGAUUGAAUAAUCCUCUACUAUUUUCAUGAAUGCUUUCAUCCUAACAAAUGAAAAUUUAUUAAUGUUUAAAACUGUUAGCUUGCUGCUACAAAUGAAAAUGCAUUAUAGUAAGUAAAACGACAAAUACCUUCUUUAAAAUAACUUCAUAUUUAUUUGUAUUGCAGAUCUGUUAAGCGUUUCUUUCUGUUGGAUCAAGGUGAUUUUAUUGUUCAUUUUAUGGAUGCCGCUGCAGCAGAAUUACGUAAAAAUAGCGAAAGUAAAAAUGAAUAUUAAUAUUAUUAUUCACAAAUGUGUUAAUCAUAAUUAUUUGCGUAUUGUGUUCAAAUACUAUUGCAUACUAUUGAGAUGUACAUUUUAAAGUUGUUUGAACAAAUUGUAUUGUUUUAAUGUGCUUGUGCUUGGGAUAAUGCUAGCUGAGACAUGAUAUCGACGUCUUUUAUAAUUGGAAAAGAGCGAGUUUUUGUCACAUACCUUUCAUGUAUUAAUCUUUUUUUUUCCAGUUAUUUCUCAACUACGUUUAAAUUCUUUAUUGGAAUUGGCACUUCGUACUAGCACUGCUAAUAGUGAUCCAUUCAAAGAUAAUUUAUCCGUUGUGAUAUUUCAAUUUGAUUUAAUCUCUCAAAUUUUAAUGGUUCUACGAGCUGGAUCAGAAGACGAACCGGACAACGUCUUACCGAUCGAGGAUAAAAAUCUUUCAGGACUAGAGGCUUUCUGUUUGGAUUAUAGAGUUGGCUGGCCUAUUGAUUUAGUGCUCAAUCGUCAAGUAAUGGAUCGCUAUCAAAUGCUUUUCCGUCAUCUUUUAUACUGCAAACAUGUUGAGAGAUUACUAUGCAACUCAUGGAUUCUAGGCAAACUUGCUCGUAAAUGUGAUAACCUUAUGACUACCUGGUUUACAACCGCUUUCCUAUUGGCCCAACGAAUGCUUAUUUUUAUUCAACAUUUCCAAUAUUACAUGUCUGUUGAGAUCAUUGAACCAGCAUGGCACAAUUUUUCCAAACGCGUUGACAAAGUAUGUUGUUGCCAAUUCCUUUAUUGUUAUAUAUACACAUACAUCAUUUCCACGUAUCCAAGUCGUUAAGCACGCACAAAGGAAAUUAACAUAGCUAUAUUCAACAAGAGAUAAAUGUAAAACACACUACUUACAAAUCACAAAAUAUUAACCUGGGCAUACAAUGAAGGCAGCUUAACUGUUGAAUCAUAAAAAAUCGUGAUAAUCGAAAAAUUUUGUUUACCAUAAAUGUGAACGUUAAUUCAUUUUAACGAUUCCAUUGGAUUUUUCGCACUGAAUAAAGAUUUUGUUACAGCUAGCCACAAAAACAAGACUUGUAUCAAAAAAGUGUUUUGUUGAGGGGAAUGGAGCAAUCAAACUAGUCAGACAGGAAAUAUAGCAACACCCUUUAAUCUGUAUUACUUGUUCUUCACAAUUUUUUCAGACUUGAUUCAUAAAUUUUCUGCAAAACGUUGCUACCUAGAUGGUGGUAUUUCUCAGUUUAAACUUUAGUUAAUUUGACACUUGUCUGUAACCUAAAUCACCUCCUGCUUACAUUUUUAUUGUAUUAUUUACCAUAAUGAAUUUCUAAUUUGUUCAUUCUUCGGUAGGUAUCUAAUUUGGACUUACUUUUAGACUCACAUCUACAUUUUUUGGAAGUAUGUAUGGAUGAUUGUUUACUAGCUAGUCCUGAUCUAUUAAGUUUAGUUGGAAAAUUAUCUGUAGCCUGUGUAACGUUUGCUAAUUUUAUCCAACACUUGGCGUUCUCUAUAACAGGAGUCAAUUUAUCAUCAUCUGGAGAUAAUGAUCAAUGUAUUGUUUAUUUAUCGCGGCAUAGUAAUGAUAUGGAAAAGCCUUUCCUACACGAUCCAACACCGUCAUCAAAUUUAGGUCGAACAAAGAAUGAUUUAAAAUAUGCACCUCGUGAAUCUACCACUAGUUCAGUAGAAUCUAUGAUGACAAAGGUUACUAGAGAAGAGUUUGGUAGAAUGAGUUUGUCAGAUGAUAUGGCUAAAACGGUUACAAACUUUGAUACAAAUUUCAACAGAAUGUUAGUUGAACUGCUUGAAAAGAUCAAACAAUAUGCUAAGCAUCACAGUAAACUGUUAAGUCUAGUAUCAAGACUCGAUUUCAAUGAAUUUUACACUGAAUUUGCUAUGCAGUAUGAUCAGAGCGAGCGAUCUUCUGAAUCACCUGGUGAUCAUGAACCGUCUCUUGAUAAAGAUACCCUUGUCGAACACAAAUCAGUACCACAAACAAACUCGGAAUCCGACAAUGAGGAUUAUAUAUAAUAUAGAAUUUGUAUUUUCAGUUUCUUUGGAUAAAUUAUUUUCUAUGUAUUCCACUUCUAACGGUUCUUGAUAUUAAACUUUCGUAUUUUUAGUGUUAUUAAUCUUAAUUCCAAAUUCACCAUAUCAUUUUUGUUUACUGAUCACAUUCACGUAAACAUUAUGCCGUAUAUGUUUCUUCUUAGUACGAUACAUCACCGAUAAUCCAGGUGGUGCUA